AUGGGAUCCUACACUGCUUCUUCUGGCCUUUUCCAUGUCAAGAAAAGCAUUGCCGAGUUCAUCGAAAGACGAGACGGAAUUCCCGCCCAACCUAAUCACGUCUUUAUUUCUGCUGGUUCUCAGAAGGCCUUGAUGGUGGUCGUGAAGCUUCUGGCGAGCGGCGAGCGAGAGACCCCGACAGGGGUCUUGACCUCCGUACCCUGUCCUCACACACUCCCCAUGGUAUUGGAAGACGCGGGGGUGAUGCUGGUGCCUUACCAGCUCACAGAGGACGCAGGCUGGGCUAUUGAUCCGGAAGAGCUGAAUUUUGCCUUGAAAACUCAUCGGGGGGGAUGCCAGCCCAGAGCUAUUUACGUCAGCAACCCUGGGAACCCCACUGGUAACGUGCAGGACAGGAAAUCGAUAGAAGAAGUGAUCGGUUUUGCUGCGCGGCAGAAACUACUACUGCUGGUUGAUGAGGUGUACCAAGAUAGCGUCUAUGAAAACGGAAGACCGUUUAUUUCCUAUAAGAAAGUCUUGUUUGAGAUGGGCGAAGAGUACUCUGAGAUGGUGGAAUUGAUCUCCUUCAACUCACUGUCCACAGCAUGCCUGGGAGAAUGUGGUUUGAGAGCAGGAUACAUGGAGGCCGUCAACAUCGACCCGCAGAUUAUGCAGGUGUUUGAUACCGUUCUGUGUACCGACAUCAGUACUCCAGUCACGGGACAACUUGCUCUGGAUCUCAUGGUCAAGCCGCCAGAACCCACGGAUGCUUCCUUUGACGUCUACGCAAAGGAGAUGUCCUCCAGUCGGUGUACUUUGUCCCAGAAUGCUCAGUGGGCGCACGAGUACCUGAAUAAUCUACCAGGGAUAACCUGUCAGCCGGCGAUGGGGGGAAUUUACCUUUAUCCCCGUCUUGAAUCGCCCUCGCAGUUGGUACAUCAGGCUAAGACGUCGGAAGUGGAUGAAGACGUCAUUUACUGCCAGAUGUUGCUGGAGGAAGAAGGAGUGUUAGUCGGGCCUGGAGGUUUGAAUCCGAGGAACAAAGCGGACCGCUACAUCAGAGUGUGUAUUCUUGUCCCCCCUGACGUACUGAAAGAUGCCCUGGCUCGCCUUGCCACUUUUCACCAUCGUCUUUGGGAAAACGCCAGCAGCUGUUUGUGUCGGAAGCUAACAUGAAUAAACAUGGAUUUUGUUAGGCUAACUAUCAUAUUCAUGGAUGCUUAGCAAUGCCACACAAAAGUACAAUAAAAAGUACAACAAUACAGACUAGUACUUUUUCUUUUUCCCAUUGUGGGAAAAUUAACUUAAAAAAUGUAGGUUGGUUGGUAGCUGAAAACCAGGACAUUCGGAAGUCUGAUCCUUGGCUACGGAAAAGAUGUUGAACACAAAGGGAAGGGGCUAGCAUUUUCAUUCAUUCGUUAAUUUUCUACCGCUUAUCCUCACAAGGGUCGCGGGGGGGUGCUGGAGCCUAUCCCAGCUGUCUUCGGGCAAGAGGCGGGGUACACUCUGGACUCAUCGCCAGCCAAUCACAGGGCACAUAUGGA